GGCUCAGCCAGCUUCUCAUGAGCUGACAUUGGUUGUUUAAUUUCUCCCUAAACAGCUCAAACUUCAGAUUUGAAGGAGAUGACCGUGCAGAUCACCAUUUGACUGACGAAAGGUUUUUGUUUGCGGUCAUGAACUCCGUCAGAAGCCUGUCUUGUCUAACUCUAAUCUGUCUGUGUACGCAGCUUCUGGGCUCAACUUCCUCUGCCAGCACCAGCCUGUGGGGUAAGAAGCUGUCGUUCAAGGGUCGUCCGUGUAUGUGGCAGCUACAACCAGAAGCUGUGGUACCAGCCCUCCAGGAGCUGAGUGCAUGCAUGCUUUUACACCGCACCCACAUACCAGAGUGGACAGGUUUUGACUACAAAGCACCAGGGGGAGGAGACACACAGCUGGGACUUGGGGGCACAGGUACAAAUCUGUCCGUCUGGCUGUUUGGAGAAAAACACAGCUUGGAAAGAGAUUUGAAAUUGCAUGAAUGGCACACUGUGUGUUUCACCUGGUCUGGCCGAGCUCGCAGGCUGCGGAUCUACAUCAAUGGAACCAGUAAGUAUGAGACCUCUGUGAACCCCAUCCUACCCCAGCAACUGGCCCCAAAGGGCUCCCUCACUCUGGGGGUGUCUCAUUAUAUAAACACCAAUGGGGAGGUGCAGCAGCAGACUGGGAAGGAUCUGCUGGGUGAGAUUGGUCUGUUCAGGAUGUGGGCCAGAGAAUGGAGCGCUGAGGAGCUGAGGGGGCAGAGCUGUGCGGAUGGAGACGUGGUGAGGUGGGACCUGCGUCAGUGGCAACACAACUGUCAACCCGAGCCUGACAACAACCUACAUUGUGCAUGGUCACUCUAUAAAAUCAACAUGUGGUUCAUGGUUCACUCUACGCAGCCUGGAAAUUGUUUGGUGUCACUGGAGGAAGUCACAAGAAACUGGUUGGAGAGCAUAUUCCCUCACAACAUUUCAGUCCAUAACAUCCUUUUGUCAUCCCCAAGCCGUACCUGCCAUGUGGUUAAUGAUUUUGCUGCUCUACCUACACAACAAUCUCAGCGAUCAACAGCGUUGUCAAACUCCACAUGUGACAAGUGUUUCAGCUCUGAAGUCUACGUCAACGUGGAUCCUGCUGCCAAUGUAGAAGUGGUUCAGGCAAACAUUGCCUCGUUGCUGAGUUCGACCUUCUCUUACGACUUCCUCAACCUGACAGCAGACCCUAACAGCAUAAGCAUACUCCCUGUGGAGUUACUCCCUGCAGUGUCAGAACCACUGCCAACUGUCAGCUCUGGUACACCUACACCAGAAACAGGUCCGACUCAAAGUCUGCCAGCUCGACCCACUAACAUGUCAACGACAGGAGAUCCUCUAGAUUACAACGAGACUCUCGUCGGACCAGACACAUUCUUCAGAGUUAAUUUGAAUUUAAGUAUGUAUGGCAGCCCGACAAAACCAGAGGAUAGUAUUGAGAAAUGGGUGAAAGAACAGCUGGAGGUGAAUGGCACCAUGAUUGUGCUGAAUCUCAUCAUAAAGGAGAACGUUGGCAGGAACAUGGAGCAGCACAGCGGACUGAUGAUUUUCCACGGCCAACCAAAACAAUAUUACUGCACCUUCCAUGUUCAAGAAUACAACAUAAACAGCGUGGCAGAAAUUCUCACUUUAAUUAAUGCUACCUUGACAUCAGGGUAUAAAAAUGAUUCCAUUAUUAUUCAAACUAUGGAUUUGGCGAUCAAACACAUAGUGACAGCAAACUGUUUAGAAGAAACUACUUCAACAAUCUAUGGACAAUACAUUUGGCCUGAAGUGUUUCCACAAGUCAACCAAGAGAUAGGAUGCGAAAGGCCAAAGUCAGAGACAGGCUCCAGGCUCUGUAAGUUAGACUUUGACACUGACACGACCAGCUGGGCUAAACCUGAUAUGAAAAACUGCAAACCGCUUGUGAUCAUAUCAGACCUUGACAAUAUCACUGUCACCACUGGUAAUGCGGCUGAGGUUGUGGAAAUGAUUCAGGACCUUGUAGAUGUUCAGUUAGGUAACAGUGCAGAGCUCUCUUCCUCCAAGCUGGAUACAGUGGUGGAGAAGCUCAGUGAAGUGGUUGCCAUCAGCAGCAUCAAACCUGCGAUUGGUGCCGAUAUCGUCAAUAUUAUUGCAGACAUCCUGCUUUCCGAAACAUACGUCACUCCAGUGGCUAGCAUUCUCCUUAACCUGACAGACAGAAUGGGGAACAAUAUGGAUUUCCAAGAAGGAUCUAUCAGUAUAUCAGCCCCCUCGUUUGCCCUGUCCAUGGUCAACGUAGAUCAAAACGAAUUCAGUGGCCUUACAUUUGGUGUGUCCUUUGAUUCUUCUAACCUGAAUCCCGAGAUUUUUGUCAACCACAGCUUUGUGGGUGGACUGCUCCCUGACACGAAUGCAACUAUCUCUUUGCCCUCUGAACUCCACAACUUCUUCCCUUCUGGAGAAAGAAAUACAACUCGUAUCCACUUUCAGUUCUAUGGAACAGAUGACCUUUUUCAAGACCCAGACACAACCAAUGCAACACAGAGCAGCUGUACAUUGAAUUCCUUUGUAGUAUCUGCCUGCAUCAAUAACAGCCUUAUCAACAACCUGAAGGAUGGAGUGGUGGUGACCCUCCGCCAUCGAACACCCAAACAAGUGAGAAUGAAUUCAGUUCAUCAGUAA